GCAAACAAGUUCUAUCUCUCUCUAUGUUGGCUGAGUCUCCGUCAAAAAUCGCCAUCUCGUCCAUAACAGCGUCUCCCGAAUCCUGAUUGGCUGCUCAGUACACCUAACCAAAUACUCAUCCGAUAAGGUCUCCGGGAACACCGCCUCCGUCUCUCUCUCUCUCUGAACUCUUCCGCCGGUGAGUUUUCCUAUCCUCUCCUUUCCGAUUCUCUCUACUUUUUUCUUGAUUACGAUCCAAUAUCAGGUGUUGCAGUUCUCGUGUUUGGAAUUAAUUUAUGGCUUCAACAGUUCUUAAUGCGCCUAAUUGUGUUCGAACAAUUAACGGUCUGGAUUGCGGCUCCUAUGUUGGGCUAAAACCUUCGCCAAAUUCAAAUUUCCUCUGCGUCCGGACCCCGGCCAAUGUGCGUUCUCCGCGUCUUUUCGUUGUGAGAGCUAGCGACGAGCGCGAUGCACAUAUGAAGAAGCUCGGACGGAGUGAUGCAGAGUGUGAAGCUGCUGUUGUGGCAGGCAACGUUCCAGAAGCACCUCCUGUGCCGCCGAAACCAGCAGCGCCUGCUGGAACUCCUGUAGCUCCUUUGCUGCCUCUCAGCCGUCGUCCUCGACGUAACCGGAGGUCACCCGCACUCAGAGCAUCAUUUCAGGAAACCAGCCUAUCACCUUCAAAUUUUGUAUAUCCUUUGUUCAUUCAUGAAGGUGAGGAGGAUACACCGAUUGGAGCUAUGCCUGGAUGCUAUAGGCUUGGGUGGAGACAUGGGCUUUUGGAAGAGGUUUCAAAGGCUCGGGAUGUCGGUGUCAAUUCUGUUGUGCUAUUCCCUAAAGUUCCAGAUGCAUUGAAGUCUCCAACAGGGGACGAGGCAUACAAUGAUAAUGGUUUAGUGCCUCGAACAAUUCGGUUGCUCAAGGACAAAUACCCUGAUCUUGUCAUCUACACUGAUGUUGCUUUGGAUCCAUACUCUUCUGAUGGCCACGAUGGUAUAGUUAGAGAGGAUGGAGUUAUAAUGAAUGAUGAGACUGUUCAUCAAUUAUGCAAACAAGCUGUUUCCCAGGCCCGUGCUGGAGCAGAUGUUGUCAGUCCAAGUGACAUGAUGGAUGGUAGGGUCGGAGCAAUUAGAAGGGCUCUUGAUGCUGAGGGCUUUCAUCACGUCUCCAUCAUGUCUUACACGGCAAAGUAUGCAAGUUCGUUUUAUGGUCCAUUUCGUGAAGCACUGGAUUCAAAUCCUCGUUUUGGCGACAAAAAGACUUACCAGAUGAAUCCAGCAAAUUAUAGAGAGGCUUUGAUCGAAACCCGUGAAGAUGAAGAUGAAGGAGCUGAUAUUCUUCUGGUGAAACCUGGUCUCCCUUAUCUGGAUAUCAUAAGGCUUCUCAGGAAUAAUUCUCCUUUACCUAUUGCAGCAUAUCAGGUUUCGGGCGAGUACUCGAUGAUCAAGGCUGGAGGGGUUCUCAAAAUGAUCGAUGAAGAGAAGGUGAUGAUGGAGUCUCUGAUGUGUCUCCGACGGGCAGGAGCAGACAUAAUCCUCACAUAUUUUGCUCUACAGGCAGCUAGAUGUUUGUGUGGUGAGAAGAGGUGAGACUUUGUUUUAACUGUGCUGUGCUAGAUAAUUUUAGGUCGGUCGUCAAACUUCCAAUGAGAGUUCUCUUUUAUGAGGUAUAAAAUUUGUAGUAAUCUUAGAUUCUGUCUCAUUAUUUAAUCCAAUGCUCGAUUUGCACCAUA